AUGAUAAGUUGUCAGAUAAAUCAAUAUAAUAAACAUAGUGAAAUAAAUUCAUCAUUCGAAUGUAUUAUACCAACAAGUGACGAGCUUAAUUAUGAAACAAGUCAAGUGACAUGUCCGCAUAAGGAACAACAGCAUUCAUCAGAAAAAUGUCAAAAAAUAUUUAAAAAUAUUAUGGCACUUAAUGUACAUCUUCAAAUGUAUCACAAAGAAACAGGAAUUGUUACAGCUUCACAUAGAUAUACAUCACGUAUUGGACGAUAUCAUUGUCCCGUUGAAGAUUGUACAUUUUAUUGUCGUUGUAAAAAAACUCACGUUCAAUCAUUAUCAUUUUCGAAUUUUAAUGCUGUACGACUUCACUAUUUACGACAACAUGGUUUGAAAAAAGAACAGUGUUCAAAAUGUUUGAAAUCAUUUGGUCUUCAUCAAGAUUUGAUUGCUCAUGAAAAAAUUUGUGGCGUACAUUGUCCAUUUGCUUGUUCGAACUGUGAUCAACAAUUCCAAAAUCGAACAAGUUUAAGACGACAUCAAUUAAAAUAUCAUACGAAUGUUAAUAAUGAAUCUCAAAAUGAUUAUUCUGUGAUAAAUGCUCUUCCUACUUUAACAAAAUUAAAUGAACGACGAAAACGACCAAAUCGUCGUCGUCCACUUCCACCUGAUCAAAUUGAACUCUCUCGUCAAAACAUUCCUUCACAUCAGCCUGUUACAAUAAAUCCACUUGCAUUAGAAUUAUUAAAAAAUUUCAAUAUUGAAACAAUUCCUGUUUCAUCAUCAAUAUCCUCAACCAUUGAUUCAGCUAAUAUAUGUGAAUCAGAUAGUGAUAAAGCAACUCAAACAUAUACUCGUGUUUCUGUUGGUACAGAAUGUUGUUCAUUAACAAAUAGUGAUUUAAAUUUAACACGUUUAAUUCCAAUAAAAACAACUGAACAAAAAUCUAGUCAAACACAAAGUCGUAUAAGAAUGUAUAAAAAACGAACACGAAAUUCAACAAAACGAACUACUACUACGAUAUCAACAACAACCGAUGAUGGACCAUCGACAGUAGCUUUUUAUCAUGCGCCAACAGAUGUUUUUAAUGCAUCAACAAUGACACAAUGGGAUAAUGUUCCUGUUAAUGAUAUGGAAACUCAAAAAUCUUCUCCAACACGUUCAGAUAUGUGUAUACAAACAGUUGGUAAUAUUUCCAAUAUACUCAAUUAUUCAUCUGAAACAAAUAAUAGUGUUGUUGUUCAAACAUUACCUAUAUCAAUGACAUCAACACAAAUGCAAACAAUAACUGAACAUCCAUUAGAACAACCAACAAAUCAAUAUGAUAAUUAUUUAUUACCAUAUCAAGAAUCCGUUGGUACAUCAUGUUUUCUUGAUGAAUUUUUACUUGAUGAUUUAUCGAAAAAUGAUUCUUCAUCAUCUGUUUUAUUUGAUUUUGAUGCCAUGGAUUUACUUGAUUUAAUUGAUAAUGGUACACAAACAUAUCCAUUAAUAACAUCACAUGAAACACAAACAAUGACAAAUUGGGAUUCAAUGUUAUUAAAUGAAGAUGAAUGGAUUCGAACAAUGACAAAUAAUUGA